AUGGCUUCGGACGCGCAAAACAACCCCUUCAUAAGGAACCUUGCCUCAAGCGACAAGGAAGUCCGCGAUCAGGCACUCGACUCGUUACGAACCUAUCUCGGCGCGCAAUCAGACAUCUCUGAACUAGACUUAUUGAAGUUAUGGAAGGGUCUUUUCUACUGUCUAUGGAUGCAAGACAAGCCUGUCCUCCAACAACGUCUCGCCCGCGAUCUCGCCUCCCUCCUCUCCACCCUCCGUACAUCCGUUGUCCUACCCUUCGUUCGCGCCUUUUUCCUUACCAUGUCACGAGAAUGGAGCCAUAUUGAAGCACUACGACUAGACAAGUAUCUCUACCUGAUUCGCCAGUACAUUAACGCAUCCUUCACCUUCCUCAGUAAGAACAAAUGGAACAAGAACUUGCUGGCACAAUGGAACAGUAUCAUGGAGGAGAUACCACUGGAAUGCCAAAAUAUGAAGAUUCCAAAUGGGCUAAGGUAUCACGUCAUGGACGUUUGGGUCGAUGAGAUGGACAAGGUCGAAGGUGCGAAUUGGGAGAAGGAGGAAAAGAAGGGCACGCUUGAGCUGCUAGUGGCACCUAUUGAGAAGAUGACUAAACAUGGCAAGCUGAAGCCAUUGAGGGCUGCGGCGAAAGAGUGCUUGGCCGACGACAGGCUAAGAGCUUGGAGAGGUCAAGAAGUAGAGGUUGCGAGUGAGCCAGACGAGGAAGACGAGGACGCAGAGUGGGGAGGUUUUGCGGACUGA